AUGGAUGAAGAGAUGAACAAAUUGAGAAGGAAAUCCGAAUGUUUAAAGAGUAGAGAAGAAGAUGUCGAGGAGGAGCUAAAAUAUGCAGAGUGCUUAGCAUUGAAAAAACGAAGGAAAGUAGUCGAAAAUUGGUUGACAAAUGUUGGAGGGAUAAAGAAUGAAGUUGAGCAGAUGGAGCAACAAGUUCAAAAAAGAACUUGGUUUUCACAUCCGCAACUACACAAUAAAAUUAGCAGGCUAACAAAAAGAGUGACAGAACUCAUUGAUCAAGGUAGAUUUCCUGAGGGGCUAACACUUGAUGCACAUGGCAACAAACGAGUCGAAUUAGUAACCACAACGUUAGUCGGUCAAACAUUUCAGAUAAACAAGAACGCGAUACGGGAAUGCUUGAUGAGUGAUAAAGUUUCAAAAAUUGGCAUAUAUGGAAUGGGGGGAGUUGGGAAAACAACCUUGGUCACACAUAUUCACGAUGAACUUUAUAUCCGUUCUAACGACUCUGUUGCUUGGGUCACUGUAUCACAGAAUUUUGGAAUUCGUAAAUUGCAGAAUGACAUUGCAACAGCUAUGGAACUCCAAAUAGAAAAUGAUGAUGAUGAGAGGAGGAGGGCUGCAAGGCUAGCACAAGACCUGAGGAAAAGGAAUAAUUUUGUACUCAUCUUAGAUGAUGUGUGGCAACAUUUUCCACUAGAUAGGGUAGGAAUUCCUACUAGUGGAAAUGGUUUUAAGUUAAUUAUAACAAGUCGAUCAUUGGAGGUAUGUCGAAGAAUAGGUUGCGAAGAGUAUAUCAAAGUUGAGCCUCUUCCCGAGAAAGAAGCUUGGGAAUUAUUCACUGAGAAACUUGGACAUGACAAUACACUUUCCCUUGAAAUUGAACCAAUUGCAAAGUCACUCAUAAAAAAAUGUUCUGGUUUACCUCUUGCGAUUAUUACCAUGGCGGGGUGCAUGAGGAAAGUGGAAGACAUAAUAGAGUGGAAUGAUGCACUGGAAAAAAUGAAUGUAUCAGUGGUGGAGGAUGAUGAUGACAUGGGAAUUGAGGUAUUUCAAGUGUUGAAAUAUAGUUAUGAUAUGUUGAAAGAUCCAAAAGUGCAACAAUGUUUUUUAUAUUGCUCAUUGUUUCCUGAAGACUUUGGAAUUCAAAGAGAAACACUAAUUGAGUAUUUUAUUGAUGAGAGAUUGGUUGAUCGAGGAACCAGGUAUGCAAAUUUGAACAGGGGUCAUACCAUAUUGAAUAAACUUGAAAAUGUUUGCUUAUUGGAAGGUUAUAUAGGCAGCAAAUAUGGUGGGAGAAAGUAUGUGAAAAUGCAUGAUUUGGUGAGAUCCAUGGCCAUAAAAAUUGCAAGGGUAGAUUCUCGAUUUUUAGUAGAAGCUGGAGAAGGGUUAAGAGAGAUACAUGGGGACGAAAAGUGGGCAGAGGAUCUCACAAAGGUUUCUUUGAUGGUCAACCCUAUAUCACGUAUUCCGUCUAGUGUAUCACCAAAAUGUCCUAGACUUUCAACCCUGUUGUUAAAUAAUAAUGGACCACUAAGAAGCAUUUCAGAUUGUUUUUUCAGGCAUAUGCUUGAGCUCAAUGUUCUUGAUUUGUCUUAUACAGGGAUUGUGAACCUGCCAGCAUCAAUUUCUAACUUGGUGAAUCUGACAGCGCUUUUGCUUAAAGGUUGUUGCACACUGAUUUAUAUACCAUCAUUGGAAAAUCUCAAGGCAUUAAUGAGGUUAAACAUUAGUCAGGCAGGAAUAACAGAAUUACCCCAAGGCUUGGAAAUGUUGUUGAAUUUGAGGUACCUCAAUCUUGAUGGAACAAAUCUAAGAAGGAUACCUGUUGGCAUGUUUCCCAAACUGACAUGUCUUCAGUAUCUUGCAACUCCGGAUAUUGGAAGAUUUACAUUAGAAGAGGUAUUGAAGUUGAAAAAUCUUGAAUUCUUUAAAGGGCAAUUGUAUGAUAUUCGUGACUUAAACACAUUUUCAAAUUGCCGGGAGAAUAUUGAAGGCCCAAACAUUUACAUACUUCUUGUGGGAGACCAUUUCAAAUGUGAGUUCUUUGAUUAUUUUCUCGAAGAAUAUGACCGAACUAUAUUUUUUAAAGAAUGCAAGAUAAGUAGUAAAAGCAGAGUGGGAGAAGACUCAAUGCUUGUGCUUCCUAAAGAUGUUCAAUCUGUACAAAUUGAACAAUGCAACGAUAUAAGCAGUCUUUGUGACAUUUCAUCAUUGAAGAAUGCAACCCAGUUGGUUUCGUGUCGUAUUCAUUUUUGUCAAGGAAUGGAACAUGUAGUUUGUUUUUGUUCCUGUAGCUUUCCUCUCAUUCGAAGUCUUAAAUCACUACGCCUUGAAUAUCUGUGGGAGUUGAGAGCUCUAAUUGGGAGAGGGACAUGUUGUGCUUCUGCAUCAUCACAACUACCUGCAUCACAACUACUCCAAACUGCCAUUUUUUCCUCUCUUAAUGAAUUUGUGAUAAUUGCAUGUGGAAAAAUGAAGAGACUGUUCAUGCCUGUUUUGCUAUUGCAUCUCAAGCACCUGCAAGUACUAAAAGUUCAAGAAUGUCAGGAGAUGGUGGAAAUAGUUGGAGAAACAUCAGAUGAAGAUGAAAAUGAAGAUGAAGAUGAAGAAAACCAGGAACCAGCAAGUAUGAGCAACAUUUUAGCUCUCCCCAAUUUAAGGGAUCUUCAGUUGAUUGGCCUGCCAGAAUUGAAGAGAAUCUCUAGCAGGGAAAUGGUUUUUGAUUCUCUGAAAGAAAUUUUUACAAACGGAUGUUCGGAUUUCUUAUUCAAUGGACAACAUGUUACAGCUGACUUUGGGACAACAUAUCAUGUUUUCGAGUCUCGCAUAGUACAGCCUGAAUUUUAA